CACAAGCGAAACUGUCGUCGGAUCUACCACCACAAUUGUGGAAACCACGGUCGAGGUGAAGUCGGUCGCUCCGGGCAAGACAAAGCGCCAAAUAGACAACCUAUACCCACCGAAAUCUCAUGCCCUGCAAAUCAGUAAAUACGGAGAUAUCUCUGUUUUCCAAUGGGCUGAAGUGAGCACUGUACAGAUAGAGUCUCCCUACGAUAUUAUCAUAAAAGUAGUUGCUACAAGUGUGAACCCUAUCGACUACAAGCUCAGAAAAGGAAAUUACUCAAAUCUUAUGAGAGCCAAAUUUCCGCUAGUAUUGGGCCUGGACUUUUCGGGCAUAGUUGUCGCUAAAGGCGAAAAAGUAAAUAAAGUUCAUCUGUUGGAUAAAAUCUUUGGUACCAUCCGGGAUGGUGGUUGUUAUUCAGAAUUCAUCCGAGUGAAUACGGCCACAGAAUAUGGUGUUGCCUUGAAGCCGGCAUCAAUUUCGCACAUAGAGGCUGCAGGUGCUCCAAUCUGUGCUCUAUCAGCUUACGGUGCUUUAGUUACUCUUGGUGAACUUCCGGUUGGUAAUAAGGCAGAACCCGGGAAACAUAAAGUCUUGAUCAUUGGAGCUUCCGGAGGCGUUGGAACUUUCGCUGUGCAAAUUGCCAAGGUGGUGUGCAAAGCAAAAGUUACUGCCAUUUGUUCUGGGACAAACGCAGAACUUGUACGCGGACUCGGUGCCGAUCAAGUAGUCGAUUAUACGAUACAAGAUUUCACCGCAGUGUUGAAAGAUGAGAAUGACUAUGAUGUGGUUGUCGACUGCGUAGGCCGCCAAAACGACUUCUAUCACAAAACCAUCCCGUUAUUGAAAAAGAAAGGUACAUUCGUUGCGGUUGCAUUCGACAGUGAAGGUAACGGAAAGGUCACUAUAGGUGAUUUAGCCAAGAUAGGUUUCACGGUUGUGGGACGAAACCUCUUUGGCGCAAGGAGGUUUAAAACGCUUAAUGGACCAAACCGUAAAGACUUCAAAAAACUCGUUCCAUACUUGGAAAGGCACGAGAUUAAGACUGUGGUCGCCGAGAAAAUCCCCUUACGGGAAGGUGCUAAAGCUCAUGAAAAGAUUGAAACUGGUCGCACUGGUGGAAAGAUAAUCUUAACAACUUGA